AUGACCAAAGCAGCCCCUCAUGUCUGGAUCAAUGGCUUCCCUGGCGUUGGCAAGCUCACCGUCGCCAGGGAGCUCCAGCGCCUCAUCGCAGGCUCGGUCCUCAUCGACAACCACCAGCUGAUCGACGUCGUGGACCUGCCGCGCGACCACCCCGACUACACCGCUCAGCGGGAGCGAGUGCGGCUCGAGGCCUUCGACAAGUGGGUGCACCCGCAGACGGACGCGGAGAGCGCCUGCGGCGAUCGCGCCGAGCAGCUGCGCCAGACCAUCAUAUUCACUGACUGCUUAUCUGACGACGGCAUCGGAGUCGCGUGGGCACAGGGCCACCAAGCCGCGGCGAGCAAGGCCGGACGGCCGUUUCUCCCCGUCUACCUCACCUGCUCGCGCGACGAGAACCUCAAGCGCGUCGUCAACCCGGACCGCACGCGCGGAGGCCGAAAGAAGCUCGUCGACGUAGACGUCAUGACGCGCUUCCUUGACAAGCUCUUCAUCUACAAGUUUCCUGAGCUUGGCUUCGAGAUCGACACCACCACCAUAGAGCCGCUGGCAGCUGCGAGGAAAAUCGUCCAGGCCUUGGAGCGCGCUCCAUGA